AUGGAACCAGAUGACGAAGAUCACAAAGAGAAUAUAGAGAUGGAUGAACAGGGUGAUACCUUCAAUAGAUUACGAAAGAAUCAAGACAGCUAUGACCCAGAUCAGGAUAGAAAUCUCAAACGCUCUAUCAGGAAAGGCUACAGAAGUCUUAUCGACAGGGCAGAAGAACACAGUGUCGACGUCGCAAACGUCACAGCGAAGGAGCUUUCAGCGGAGAUGAUAAAAGCUAAUGAUCUAUAUGAUAGUGUACGAGCACCCCAGGAAGCAACACUUGAUAGUCAUUUCCUUAUAGUACAAUCUGAAAUGUCAGCAGCCAAAGCACGCGCUAUGAAAAUUGAUGCUGAUUGUUUUGACUUGGAUGAAUUCCUCAACCGUAUGCUUAGUGUUGGUGGUGGAUUUAGCAUCGAUGACGAUGUAGAUAACGAACAGACUGGAUCUGGAAUAGAUUGGGAUAGUAUUGGUGAUAUCGCACUCAAGCACACCCGUAGAGUCCCAGUGGGUGAUUUUAUGCUUGGUGUUAUACCUGCAGAAGAAAAGAAAAAGCAAAAAAGGACUGUACAGCGCAUAAACAAGAACAAUGAGGAGAAAACAGCACCAACUGAGAUACGCGAAGAAGACAUUCAGCGAGCUGAAAAUGAAACAACAACAAAUGUGAAGAAUAUCUCUAACUUACUAGAAAAAGUAGGUGGUGAUACAGGAAUAAAUCUCUUCAAAUUCUUCAUAAAUCCAACCAACUUCGCUCAAUCUGUUGAAAAUUUAUUUUAUGUUUCAUUCUUGAUAAGAGAUGGACACGCAAGUAUAAGCCAAGAUGAAGAAACGAAGGAGGUAAUAUUGCUAGCCUGUAUGGCACCAACCCAGGAAGACUACAAAGAAGGAUUGAGCAAAGAGCAAAGCGUAUUCGAGUUUGACAUGGAAACUUGGAAUUUAGCAAAGGAGAUGUACGAUAUAACUACAUCUAUAAUACCUACACGUGAAUAUCAAACAGAUACCAUUAAAUUUAGACGUUGACCCGUAACGAUGAUCAUUCUGGUCGUUAUCGCACUUUUGACAUUUUUAAUUCUAAGUAAACCAGUGAAUAAAAAGUUUAAAUAUAAUAAAAAAUUGAAUAAAGUAUAUAAAAACAAUCUAAACAACUUUAAAUUGAAAUGGACGACGCCGGGCGUGCGUUAUUUGGAUUACAAGCUAUUCAGUUUAGUUGUCGUGGAUGAUAUAGAGAUAUAUCUAGGUAUUUUUAAUCAGUUUUAUAAAUUGUACAGUAAAGAAAGCGAUACAGCAUUGGACGUAGAAUUCUCGAGUAUAGAUAGUCGGUUGGACGAGGAAAUAAAUAAAAACGAGCAAGAUAUAGAUAAAUUAAACAAUCAGCUUGGUAGUUUUAAGCAUCUCUCAAACGAUAGCCUAUUGGAGGAGCUAAACCAGCUGAAAUCCAUAAAAAUACAACAGGAUAAGGAUAGACUGAAUGUAAAGCAUCAAUUGAAGUCAUUACAGGAUAACUUUUACCUCCUCAAUAGAAAAAAUGAAGCAGAAUCAAAGCAACUCGAUAUGAGAGUGAAUAGUCUGAAUGAUGACAUCAGCCAUUAUACCUCAGAUAUAGAAAGUCAUAGUAACACUAUAAGUAGAAAUAACGAGACACUAUCGAAGCUCACGACGAAGGAUUUGGAUGAGGAUAUACACGUCAAACAGCUCUCCAUCAACAAUCUAGAAAUGGAACUACAGCAGCUAUCUAAACAGCAGAAGCAAUUACAGAAUAAUCUAAACUAUCAUAAAAACAAUUCACCGCCACUAACGACUAAUUUAUUACCUUCGCAAUUAUUAGACGAUUACGAGUAAUUCGCUUCUUCAACUAAAUCCAUCAUGUCAUCAAACACACCAGACCCAAUAACAUUAUCACUUUUCUCUAAUAGAUUCAUUAGCUGCGCUGAGGCUAUGUCAAAAUCGUUAGAGCAGACAUCUAUUUCAACUAAUAUUAAAGAAAGAUUAGAUUUCUCGUUUGUAGUAAGCUGUUAUAUUGAUAUCACC